AUGGGGGACUGGAAUUUCCUUGGAGGCUUUCUGGAGGAAGUUCACGUCCACUCCACCAUGAUUGGAAAGAUGUGGCUCACCGUCCUGUUCAUAUUUCGAAUGCUUGUUCUGGGUGUAGCUGCUGAAGAUGUCUGGAAUGAUGAGCAGUCUGACUUCAUCUGUAAUACAGAACAACCCGGCUGCAGAAAUGUAUGCUAUGAUCAGGCCUUUCCUAUCUCCCUCAUUAGAUACUGGGUUUUGCAGGUGAUAUUUGUGUCUUCACCAUCCCUGGUCUACAUGGGCCAUGCUUUGUACCAACUGAGAGUUCUGGAGAAGGAGAGGCAGAUGAAGAGAGCUCAACUGAGGGGUGAACUGGAGGAGGCAGAGCUUGAAAUGCCUGGGGAUCGGAGGAGAUUGGAGCAAGAACUGCGUCAGCUUGAGCAAAGGAAACUAAAUAAAGCUCCACUCAGAGGAACCUUGCUUUGCACUUAUGUGAUACACAUUUUCACUCGCUCUGUGGUUGAAGUUGGGUUCAUGAUUGGACAGUAUCUUUUAUAUGGAUUUCAUUUAGAGCCUCUAUUUAAAUGCCACGGCCACCCGUGUCCAAAUAUAAUUGAUUGUUUCGUCUCAAGACCCACAGAAAAGACGAUAUUCCUAUUAUUUAUGCAAUCCAUAGCUACUGUUUCACUUUUCUUAAAUGUUCUAGAAAUAUUCCAUCUAGGUUUUAAAAAGAUUAAAAGAGGGCUUUGGGGACAAUAUAAAUUGAAGGAUGAACAUAAUGAAUUUUGUACCAACCAGUCAAAACAAAACCUUGCCAAAUAUCAAAACACAUCUGCAAAUUCACUGAAACGAUUCUCUUUUGCACCUGAUUACAGUCUGUUAGUGGAAAAGCAAACACACACAGCAGCGUACCCUGGUUUAAAUCCACCUGCAUUUCAGACAGAUCCUGAUAAUCACAGUGGAAAUGAUGACAAAGGCAUUUUGGAUGAACAGGAAACGCUACUUUCUGAGAUGUGCAUGCUUAGUACUACCUGUGGUCAUCUUCAAAACAUCAACUCAAGUAAUAAAGAAGACACUCAUAAAAUAUCUGGAAAAGAAGUUAAUGGUAACCAGUUGAGAGGAAAAAGAGAAACUGAUGGCAAAGACAGCAAAAGGAACCACUACUCUAAAGGUCACUGUUCUAUUCCAGGUGAUGCUAUAGAUCUGAACAACCACACGGGGCAGUCACCCCAAACAGCUUUCUCUCUGCCAGCUAACUACACCUGGAAACCGAAAUGGCUUCGUGCUACCUGGGGUCCCUCUGCAGAAAAUGAAAACCAGGCAUUACCUCCUAAAGGUAACCUCAAGGGCCAGCUCAGAGAGAGCACAAUCAGAACCCUUCCUCCUUCACAGGGAGACUUCCAUCCACUUGACAUUCCAGACACUCCUGAUUCUUUGGGAGGGUUGUCCUUUGAAUCCGAGUUGGUCAGAACCUGCAGUAACCCUACUGCUUGUCCUCCAAAUCAUUUAGUGUCGCUGACAAACAACCUCAUUGGUAGGCGGGCUCCCACAGACCUUCAGAUCUGA